AUGAGUAUGCCGGUGUUCUACAACGACAAGGAGGUCAAGAGUUGUUUGAUAGUCCUGAACUGUUCAGGUCUGAGCCUCUGCGGACGAGAUUUGAUUGCCAAGUUCAGCGAUGCAGGAUCCUCGGUACUCAACGUAUCAGUGCAACAAGGUCCUGGUCCAGGAAGCAGCCGUACCCCAGCCACGGAUGCUGUCCUGUCAGAGUUCCAAGACGUCUUCAGCACCGAGCUGGGUCUAAUCGACGGACACCCUGUCCAUUUGAAGCUCAAGGAAGGAGCCACGCCGAAGUUUUCCGUAUAUCACCCCCAGUCAAACGGUCUAGCAGAAAGGGCAGUCAGAACAAUUAAGGACGGCCUCAAGAAGAUUGGUGAGGGGCGGUUGGAUGAUAAGCUGAACAGGCUGCUUUUCAACUACAGGAGGACACCUAACCACUCGGUAAAAUCACCGUCAGAGCUAUUCUUCGGAUAUCAUAUUCGAUCCCGGUUAGAUACAUGUUUUCGUCCUGUACACGCAGGGCCAGCCAACGAACCAGACGAUUGGCAACUGUCAUCACCUGAAGCUGCCGUGUACGCCCGCAACUUCGGAACGGGUGAGAAAUGGACGCCAGGAAUUGUACAGUCCAAAAUGGGUUCUCGGAUGGUUGCCAUACGAACGCCGGCCGGAUCAGUACGACGACAUGUUGACCAGGUGCGGAAGCGGGAAAAUUCGACGCCACCGCUUGGUACAGAUCAAGAAGCGGCAAAUCAAGCAUCAAGAACAGGUACUCCUAGUGACUACCCACAAUCGCCGAGACCGUCAGCUGAACAAGGGGAAUUCGCAGCGAGCAACGCUGCCACGGUUGAACCCGACAGCCCACCCCAAGCUUUGCGGCGCUCUACACGUCAAAGAAAACCAGUACAGCGACUCCAGUAUUAAGGGAGGAGAGAUGUUGUAAAGUGACGUCAGUCACAAUCAAACUGCCUCGCAAGCGCUGGCGGCGCGUGCGGUUUCUUCUACUAUCGUUUCCCUUGCCCUCCC